AUGCGUAUCUCUCGUUUUGCCCUGGCCACGGCCGGGCUGCUCGGCCUCGCACAUGCCGCAAAUCCCCAAGUCCAGCAAUCCCAGAGUGUUCUUGUAAUCUCAGAGUUUGACUCUAGCGUCGAGAACAGCUACCUCCGGAGCAGGCCGGACCUAUUCAAUGUCACUGGUGUGACCAAGGCGAACUUCCAAGCCAUGGGUGUCAAUGACUUUGGGAAUUACAAUGCUAUCGUCAUAGCAGACAGCGGGAACUGUGACCGUAACGAGAUCAGCUUCCUCAGCCCUUCCAUCAUGACUACGCUGAGCACCGUCGCCACCGGCAUUCAUAUCUUUACCGGCACCAGCUUGUCCAAAGAGGUCGCCGCCAGACUCGCAACUUCGCCGCCUACGAACACGACCAAUGUCUACACCCUGUUCCAGGGCGGGCUGGAUACUAUGUCCACGGCCAGGGCGCUUUCGCUCUACAUCUCCUUCGGCUGCUACUACCAGAGCGAGGUCACCGCCGAGGCGGUGACCGCUCUGGCGCCUUUUGGGGUCUUCACCAUGCGAAGCCCCACGGGAUCCCCUCCAGACUGCACUUCCAACGUUUCAUACGGCCAGACUGGAAGCCUCGCGUUUCCUGGCACGAGUCAGGCUGAUCUCCAGGCAUGGAUCUGCGCUGCUUCCUCUGCCUUCGUUGUCUACCCGGCUAGUAGCAGUCCUGACUACGUCAACCUAAUCCAAGUCAACACCCUCAACGGCCAAAACGGCCAACCCGGAACCCCGUACGUUGUGGGAGCGGGACCGUCCGCCCUAGCAUGCGGCAACGGACGGGUUGACAAGGCAUUCGGCGAGCAAUGCGACGCAGGGGGGGUUGCCGACCCGGUCUGCCAGGCGAACUGCACUUGCACCUACGGCCUAAAUACCGAUACCAACACUUGUCUGCCGUUUGAUGGCUGUGGCAACUUUUUCACCGAGAGGGGCCUGGGCGAAGAAUGCGACGAAGGCCCCACGGGUAACUCGAUCUGCUCGAGCAGCUGCAGGUGCAUCUACGGAGUCUCGACCAGCGGCUACUGCAAGACACGCCCGUUCUGUGGGAACGGGAUAGUUGAGGACGGCGAGCAGUGUGAGCCGAGGAUGCAACUCCCGCCCCGGAGUGUCGAGGGACGGGGCUACAGCCCGGCCGUGUCGGACGGCAUCUGCAACGCGCAAUGCCAGUGCAUCUACGGCCUGUCGGCUACGCCCGGCGUCUGCAACGAUCCUCCCAAUAACAGCACGACCACCAGCUCCACUACCACCACCAACACCCUCACGACGACGUCCAAGCCUGCUACCACCACCAGUGGAGUGAGCAGCUCGCUGCCGGGGUCGUCGUCAGCUUCCUCGUCCAGCAGGGCUGUCACUGAUACAAGCUCCAACAUCCCAUCCUCCUCGCCAGCUUCCUCACCUGUUUCAUCCUCUGCCUCAUCAAGCUCGUCGGUGCCAACCCAAAACCCCCUGCCGGCGCGCGUGAACGACUUCGUCUUCAAGGGCUGCACUGGCUCAAGCCAGAACUACCCGUCGUUCACUCUCCUCUUCUCAAGCGAACAGAUGGACUUGGAGAUGUGCAUCUCGGGCUGCGCCGGACACCUCUACGCAGGAAUCCACGUCAGGGACUGCUACUGCUCCGACCAGUACGAUUCCAUCCAGCAGGUCCCCAGCGACCUAUGCAGCAUACCCUGCCCCGGCAACGCGCUCGAGAACUGUGGCGGCUACCGCGUGAAUAGCACCUCCUCAUUCCUCCAGCGCCGCGGCUCCUCCAGCUGCGGCGGCGUCAAGCGCCGCCAGGCCGGCCUCGGCUCCGUGCCCGCCAGCGCCCUGCUCGCCAUCUACGAGUUCUCGCCCCUCUCGUCGACCGCCGCCCCCGCCCCGGCCACUUCUUCUCCCGCCCCCGCCCCCGUCCCCGCCGACCAGGUCACCAGCACCGGCACCGUCGUCGUGACCGCCACGGCCGUCGUCACGGCGGGCCCCAACCCGAACAACGCGGUCUGCGCCACGGGCUUCUGCCACGCCGCGGGUUACGUCUUCGAGCUGUGCCGGGGCGGCCCGCGGCCCGGCGAGGCCGUCUUCGUACUCGAGGCCUGCAGCUGCGCCGGGGGCUGGCGGUAUGCGCCCGCCGGCUGCGACGGCGCGGGAUGCGGCUCGCUCGUCGUGUACCGCGCCGUGCCCUACACCGGCGGCCAGAACGGCACGGUCUACCAGCCCGAGGCGUGCGCGAGCUGCACCGGCGGCAGCGUCGUGUUCCAGCAGGGCGGUGGCAGUGGCAGCACGGCCGUCAACGGCACGACCGGGGUCGUGGUUGUUGCUGCUGGGGCUAGCAGGCUCGCUGGCUACCUGAGCUCUGCCAUGGUUGCUGCUGGUGCUCUUCUGCUGCUGCUGUAG